GGGGUCUGCGCACAGCACAUAAACUCGCGUAGCUCGUAAUCAACCCGACACUCGCCAGUCUGACUCUGAACUCACGCUUGUGAUCAUGUUCCCAACCAACCAGUAACGAGAGCCGUCGAACACCGCGUUGAGCGCGAUCAAAAGACGACCGACAUAUUUCGACCGAGGUUGUUCGGGUUGUGGGCUCAUGCCGUAUUUACGGAAACUUGAGAACGAGGAGAAAAACAAUCCACCGGUUCCAUCAUGAGACCCUGGACGUCCAAGUCCAUUACUCUCGCAAUAAUCGGUCUCAUAUUCGUCGCAAUCGGAACUACAUUGAGUUUCACGGGGCCAAUGAUCUUCCGAAGCAUUCUCAGCCGGGAACUGCCGCUGUCCCCCGAUUCGAGGAGUUUCGAAAUUUGGCGCGACACCACCGACAUUCCGGUGAACAUAGAAUUUUUCUUCUUCAAUUGGACAAAUCCCAAGGAAUUGAAGACGCCCGGAAAAAAGCCGAACCUCGUGCAAGUCGGACCCUACGCGUUUGUUGAAAAGAGGCAGAAGGUCAACAUCACGUUCCAUCCGGAGAACAACACGGUGAGCUACUUGCAGAGAAGAACGUGGCACUUUGAUCCGGACAGGAGCAACGGGAGUUUGCACGAUAAGAUUGUCCAAUUGAACGUCGUUGCGGUGUCAGCGGCUCACAAAAUUCGGUACUGGGCGUACUUCUUCCAAAAUUCAUUGUCUUACAUGCUCAAUAGCUUGGCAGGCAUACACGUGGUAAAAACAGUCGAUGAAUUACUCUUCACCGGAUACAAGGACUCCAUCAUCGACAUGGGACAAUUUGCUCCUGAGGAUGAGGAAAUACCACCGUACGAUCGCUUCGGAUGGUUCUAUUUGAGAAACGGUUCCACGGCGUUUGACGGACUUUACAACAUGGGCACGGGUCAAGACGAUCUGAGCAAUUUGGGAAUGACGAAAAAUUGGAAUUACAAGGACACCACGAAAUAUUACAAGAGUCCUUGCAACGCGGUCGAGGGAAGCGCCGGGGAGUUUUUCCCCCCCUUCAGGAACAAGGACGAGAUCACUAUUUUCAGUGCCGAUAUGUGCAGGCCGUUGACUUACGAGUACGUUCAAAGUGUCCAACACCAAGGAAUACCGGGUUACCGGUACGCCCUGGGUGAAAAGAGCCUCAGUAACGAAACGUGGCGAAAGUAUCCUCACGAGCAAGCCAAGUAUAUCGAGACGACAACGACAACGGAGGACUUCUUCGCGGUUGACGGAAGAACCGAAGCAUCGAGCGCCUCUGACAAAGAUCCGGAUCUCAUUAACACGGGACACUGUUUCUGCAACGGCGAAUGCAGCCCCAUGGGUCUCAUCAACGUAACCGCCUGUCGUUACGGCGCCCCUGGAUUCAUAAGUCUUCCACAUUUUUACAAAGCCGAUCCAAUUCUCAGGGACCAGGUUAACGGAUUGAAUCCCAAUGCCGAUCAACACAGCUUUUACAUGACCCUCGAGCCGACGACGGGGAUUCCUAUAGACGUUGCAGCGAGACUGCAAGUCAAUAUUUUACUGCAACCAUCGUUGACCAUAGCGCUCUUCAAGGAUGUUCCAAAAAUAUAUUUCCCCAUGUUUUGGUUCAAUUUGCGAAGCGGCACCACCGAGGAGCUCGCAUCCUCGUUGAGGCAGUUGCUCAUGUUGCCUGACAUUGGGAGCUACUGCAGUGCCGUUAUGGUGGCUAUCGGUUCGUUGAUGCUGGUCAUCGCUGCGGCCCUCCUCUAUCUUCAGCGGACUCGAGAUUCCCAGAACAUAAAGUCGCGAAAAGUUGCGGCGUCAAAUGGAAAAAAGACUGAAUUGAUUUACAUGGACGUGGCGAACGGCGAUGACGACGCAAACGCGAGGACCGAUCGUCAAUUGCGACCGAAGCUAUGACCUUGAACAGUAAUAAUUAUGAUAAUAAUCAAUAGUGCCAAAUCGAAAUCCAAAUAGAUCGAGAUGCCAUAUUCGUCUUUCGGUCACUGCGUCGCAGGAGAAAAACGAAGCAGUAACCGAUUGUCACAUCGUCGGUAAUAACGGCUUCGGGGAUGACGAAUACAUUCCGACGUCCUUCGUCAGAGGGCGACAGGAGCGGCGGAAGCGAAAUGAAGCAGCGAACGUGCACUCGCGCGGUGCUCGAAACGAUCGAAGCCAACCACCAGCCCCAUUUCCUGUGGUUUCACAGCACGCUCCAAUACAUCAGGGUAACUGCGAACUAGAAAAAUAAUCAUUGUACAUUCGUCUAUUUAAUUUAACAUAUCGACUUUUAUAUCGCGGCGAGCAACGCGCUUUACAACGACAACGAAACAAAUCGAUCGUUAUAUAAUAAGUGACAUAAGGUAGUUUGACAAUUGAUCACUUGGCCGAUUGAAUUUUCCGGCCAGUGUUUCACGCGGAUAAACUCCAAGUACAAUAUUGACGAGAGCUUUUACAUGCAUAAUGUAUAUCACUGCAUUCGCGAAAUCGACCAAACUUUCUGAUAAACUUGACCAAGUGAAAUGACAACGAGGAACUUUGAAUUUCCUUAUAUCUAAUGUAGGAAAAUUUCGAUGAGUAUCAAAGCUUCGUAAGCUAUAUUCGAGUCAUCAUCUCUUUCAUCGUUAUCGAGCCUUUUAUAUUGCGAUCCGUAGUCAGUUGUCGACCGUCGUUAAACCGGACGAUAUUUUUUUCGAGCGUUAUUUUGCACUACCGAAUAGCAUAAUCGCUUUACAGACCUGCCGCGAGAACUGAACCGACGAUGGGCCACUCAAACGCUUGUUAUUUGUAUCUCGACACGGGAGGCAACACCUGAUUAUACAUUCGUCGAUACCCGAAUCGGGUUAUCGAGUAGACAAAAAUGUGAGUCGCUCCGAAGCAUCGUGAAACAGGACUUUAGCACCGGGCGCUUAUACCGACUUUCGGAGGUGUCACAACACGUGGCUAACCCCGUCCCCGGCGUCAAGUUCUCAUAACUUUUUAGUUUACAACUCUCCCGCUUAAUGCUUCUCUUUUUCUCAAUGAUUAUACAAUCGUACGCGUCGCAUCCUAUUUCGUUCUCCGAUUAUCAUACCAACGAAGAACGCUUCCGAGCGUAACGAUCUUUUAACAAUGGAAAAGUUGUAAAAUACCCUUCAAAAGCAUUAUCGUCCGGUAUUUCAUAAAAUUCUAUGAACGCGCAUUUACCUCAUACAUUAUUGAAAUAUAGGCGUAUCGUGUGGACACGCCGUAUCCGCGGUUCCUGCACGAACCUUCUCAUUGCUCUAAUGCGCAUGAUUUUUAUUCAUUUUAUAUCGUUUUUCUUACUUCCCGUAUAUAGCAUAUCGUACGGUAUAUUUUCGAAUUCGAAUAGAGUUUAUUCGCAAUUCGAAUCGGAUUGACGACGUUGAAUUUUGCAACGUUGGGGUCCAACGAAAUUGGCGAAAAAAUAUUUGUAAUUCGCUGAUUUUCUAUUUCACGAAAUCAUUGGUGUGGGUUGAAAAACUGCGAAUUACGAGUUCGGUAGGCAACAAAAUUGAAGAAUUACUGGAAUCAUCGGAGAGUUUUUUUAAGUUGCAAAGUUCAGCAACGCGGACGCUGAAGUUUGCAACGUUGGAGUCCAACGAAACGAUGUAAAAAAGCUCUCCAAUAAUUCCUGCAAUUCUCCAAUUUUGUUUCAUACCGAAUUUGCAACUCGUAGUUGUUCAACUUACACCAAUGAUUUCGUGAAAUAAAAAAUUCGUGAAUUACAAAUGUCUUUUUCGUUUAUUUCGUUGGACUCUAACGUUGCAAACUUCAACGUCGUGAGCUUUUUUCGAUUAAAUGAGAAUCAUUUUUGGUUCAAUCUGAAAACACUUUGGGCUGGAGCCCCAAUUCGGCAAUUUUAUUUCAUUUUUUAUCAUUAUCGUUUGGAAAAUAUUGCUCAUCGAAAAUUUGUCUUCGAGUCUUCAACAAAUAAUUAUUCUUCCGAAUGGAAGCUCAUGCGUAUUGAGGAUAUAUCAACAAGAUUAAUAUUGACGUUGGGAGUACGAAUAUAUUUUUUUACUGUUAUAGAAUUAUAGUGAAAUCAUGGUAUAAAAAUAUUUUGUUCCUAUGCGGAGAGGCGAUAAUGACCCUCGACGCUGGUAAAAAUUGCAAUCGACUACUUUUGUAAUGAAUAAUCAUUCGUUAAAUGAUUUUAAUAAAAAACAAUAAUCACAUUUCAUGACAAUAAUUCGUUGGAUUUUAGGAAAACAAAAACAAAAAACAAAUAUGGAGCGUUUUAGAAAUUGACAGGAACCGCUCAAUGAUUUUUUCCAAUUAUCCAUCGUGCCAUCUCAAGGGUGAAAUUAAUGUGCCUUCCAAUCGCAAUGCAAUGAUAUAUCUGUACAAUAGAGUAAUUUUUGAAUCUAUGAAUAAGUGAAAUCGACCAAUUAACUUUUAAGGAUCACAAUUUGGUCCAAAUAAUUUAGAUAUUAUAUUUAAAUAUAUUUGGUACAAUGUAUUUGGGAAUUCUUCUUGCCAAGUAUCGUAAUAAUACAUUUGAGCAUCGCUCAUUAAGCAAUAUAAUUAUUUAAUGAUAAAUUUUCGAUCGUUGCCGAAUAUGAUAAAUGACUUUGAUGAGAAUUGUAAAUUUUUUCAAAAAUUUCAGCAUAAUUCAGCAGAGUCUUUGUAUUUUCGGGCUAAUGCUACGAAUAUAUCCGUAAUCUUAUAUACAUAAAUCUAUUGUCUGUUUGUAUUAAUAAAAAUUUAUCAUUUUCUUA